AUGCAUUUUCUUUAUAUCCAUUUAGAACUGCCCGGCGCACUCUGGCACAUAUUUUUGCCCGAAGACACUCCAAUACUUCGCCAAUUUCUAAAUCGCAUCGCCCGUGAGCGCAAUAGAUCCAAGCAGACUCCAACCUCUGCCAACUUGCGCCGUAAAUCCGGAAAAUUAUCGCGACCAACCGAUGAUCUGGUCUUUGACGGCUGCUCUCGACAUCGACGCAUCGAGAAGCCUGAGGCGUUAGCCUCAGCCUGCCCAUCGUCCUCUCUUCAAUUUGGCGUUCCAGCUACAUGUGCGAUUUCCGGCCCUAAUGAUGCAUAUAUAUCAAGCUAUUCCUCAACUCAUAGCUCCGCUUCUCAUUCUAAUCGCCUCAAACACGAAGAAUCUCUCAGGCAUAUUGGUGGCGUCACUCGCAAACAUAAGACAAAUACUCCUGAUUCAGAAAAUCUCGAACUCCCCGGUGCUGCUGGUAGCUGCAAGGAGACUCAGAUAGUUAAACCGAUGCUAAAACAGUAUGAAAGCAUUUCGGAAGAACGCUCUAGAGUAAAACGACACUUUGCGGUAAAAGAGAGAAAGGCAAGGAGCGCAAAAUGGCCAGGUAAGGAGAGAGAAGACAAAAGAAAGAAAAGAAAGGAAGGUGAGCAGGGGCAACGGCACGAGGAAGAGAAAGAGGGGCAAUCAGAGAUAGAGAAGGCCGGGGAGAAAGAGCAGAAUUAUAAGGAACGCGAAGAAGAUGAGGGAGAGGAGGAUCAACUGGGAAGUGAUCCAAUUCACGAUCAACUGUUCUAUCUGGACCAAAAUUUGCUUGACCGGCUGGCACGGGAGACUGGAGUAGUAGCCUGCACCUUGGUUCAAUUCCUUGGCGAUGCCAUCUUCAUACCCGCUGGAGCAGCGCAUCAAGUUAGCUUUUCCUUACCUACCACAAUCUUCCUUCCUUUUCUUCCCUAUUACAAUAUAUUUUCUCUUCUUUCUUUCAUUUUCCUUCACUUUCUCCUCUCAGAAUUUGCCUUGUUUUUUGUUUUUACUCUGAUUAUACUCUUCUAA